AUGCGUUUCUUCGCUUCUUCUUCUUUGGAAGCAAAUGAUGCCAUCUCGAGUGUUGCAGACGGUGGACCUGGCAGUCGGCGUGGUCUACCAGGAAGGUGCAUGCUCGCUGGGCAGGGGAAAUUAACCAGUUCUGGAGCUCACGACCGUCACUCUGGAUACGAGAGGGAGCGAACGGGCCCUCCGGUGUCCCCAGCAAAGCGAAGCGAACUCGCGAAUCCCGUUGAUGAGGUCAAUUUUCUCCACGGGCCCGAGGGAGAGGACUCCAGUCUCCAGGCGUCCAGAGUUAAAAGUCCAGAGCGAGGCACGGCCGGUGCAGGGACUGGUUGA